AUAACAGCAUAACUGCAGCACAACUGCUGGGCAUUGCUUUAAGACAAACCAAAACAACCAUUAGUUCACUGCUUAUGUCAGCUGAUUAUCACCACCACUUGAUCCGUGUGUCUGUCGCUCUCUGUACGUGAUUGUGUCUCAGUGUCUGUGAGUGGGUCUCCCUUUCUGUGCGCCCUUACCAUCGAUGCUGACGAUUGUUGUUGUGGUGGGGAUCCAGUGAUGGUGAUCGCUGUGGCAGCCAUUGAUCCGCACAACACAUCCGCUGCACACCAUUAUCAUCAGUCAUCCACUUCUUCUUCGCCGGUGAUAUUAUCUGCCAAUCGCUUCCCACACAUCCGCACGUAUUCGCCAGCACUGUAUAUGUCUGCUAACCAUCGCUGACCAGUUUAUAUGAAAUCGAGUCCAACGAUGAACGUGUUAUCAACGGCCGGUGCGCCCGAUGCCGACCACGACCUGUGCGACGACGGCGGGCCCGGCGGCCACUCUCCCACCUCUUCGUCGUCCUCCACGGCGGCCGACGACAACGACCUGACGAACCUAACGUGGCUUCAGGACCGCAAUCUCCUGCAGAACAUGGUGUGCACUCAGACGGACACCACUCUUCGAGAUAUGGCCGAAGACAAUGAGAACGUAUCGCCGCCGCCAGACGUGGACGACGACGACGAGGAAGACGAUGAGACCGCAGCCAACGACGCCGAGGAAGCCGUGACUGGCGGUGGUGUCGGCGGUGCGGCAGGUGUUGGCCUAACCGUUGGCCACAAGAACAUUACGAGUGUACCGCCGGUCACGUAUAACCCGCAUCUGCACCGUAACGCCAAACCUCCCUAUUCGUUCAGUUCGCUCAUCUUCAUGGCCAUCGAGUCCUCACCUAAUAAAGCACUUCCCGUUAAAGAUAUCUACCAAUGGAUUACCGAACACUACCCCUACUAUCAGACGGCGCCCUCAGAUAUCUACCAAUGGAUUACCGAACACUACCCCUACUAUCAGACGGCGCCCUCAGGUUGGAAGAAUACGGUUCGACACAAUCUAAGUCUGAAUAAGUGCUUUCGCAAACUGGACAAAGCGACCGACGAGUUAAUACCGAUUGUCGGCAAAGGGAGUCUCUGGUGUGUGGAUCCGGACCUCAGGCCAAACCUAUUGCAAGCGGUGCGCCGGACGCCCGCACACAUCUACCCAUACAUGUCUUUGGCGAAGACCAAUGUCGUGGUGUCGCCGCCGCGCAUACAACUGUCCAGUAAUAGCAAUAACUCUUCCCAACAGAUGAAGAAAGCGCUGUCCGCAGAGCGCGUCCAAUCGGUGGUCAAUAUUCCUUCGCCUAAUUUGUUCCCAUUUUUGUCCAGAAGGCUAUUGAUUCCCAUCACAAAGAUUAUCAAAAAAGAGAAAGAAACUGAUGCCGCGGUCUCUAUGCUAACCCUUCAGUGCAACGCUAACAACACCAUCAAAACCGAUGCCACUGAAGACAUUGAGUGCGAACAAGUGCUGCCCGACUCGUACGUCGACGAUCUUGACUCCUCGGUAGUGACCGUAACAGUGAGUCCAACCAGUGAUCAUAAUUACUAUCAACGCAACUCCACGUCAUUGGCGGAACAGUUACCCUCUCAGACCCAAGUCUAUCACGUGAUACACGUGACGGAACCGCACCAAAGGACGGCCACUACGAUCACGACCACAACAACGGCCACCAAACGUAAGCUCUCGCGCGUUGAGAGUGCCGUCAAAAGGGAGUGUAAAGAAGGGCUGAGGAGUGCGUCGGCGGUGGUGUCGGUGACCGAUGAAGACUCCAACGACGAGGGCAUGAGAGGCGCCGAAGCGUUGUUGAACUUAGCGGCCAGUAAUAAGCCUCCGGCCGCGCGACCAGUGGCUGCGCCCACGACUGCGCUCGCCGGCGGCCCAAAGCCGACGAUCGAAAGGCCAAUCAUUUUGAAAAAAUUGAGAAAAGAAAAUUUUAAAGGGGCAGAAGUGGAUGGGUAUCCACCGCCGCCCCCUUUGGCUCCCAUAAGGGAGGCGUCGUAUAGACUAUGCUGUUUACACCGCAUAUUACAUGACAUAACAGUGAUGUCUGUCUACCCGUCUGUCCAGUCCUCCCAUUCCUCCUCAUCCGCCGCCGACAGCCCUCAAGACCUCUACUCUAUCUCUACUGCGCUAUCAUUAACGCAAACCAUUGACUACUAA